AACUGACAAAGACCAUGGCAGGGCAGUAGGCGACAUGUGUUCCGUGUGUGAGUACUGCCUUGGCGUCAUCAUGGAGGAGAGUAAAGACCUGAGCCGCCGUUCCUUCGUGGUCUCUGCCGUUUCCAUGGUUGCCUCGUGUAUGCGACAUGUGUCGACCGCGCUAACGUGCAAGAGGCAAGAAUCGGAGGAAACAGAUGUUGCAGAUGCAACCAGAAAGGAGGCCAUGGACAGGAUUGCAAAAUGCUACGAAAAUACGUUGGAAGCAGUCCUUACAUGGCUGAAGAGGCGACUUUCCAGUCCUAUAGCCAGUUCAAAUUGGCGUCAAGAAUACGAAAGCGCUCUCUCAUACCGAGAAGAGCCAGAGGUUUGGAGCCAACUCGCGGGCAUCACAUUUGGGGAGGAAGAAGUCGACGCAAAAUGGAGACAGUCUCUGGCAGACAGACUUAAUGAAAGGAUCAAGCAGGUUCGUCCGGUCUACCAAGCAGAGUUGUUCUGUCAGCUUGACCUAGAGAAACUGGAAAGUGUGAUCGCGGAAUGCUUCACUAACGCCGCAUUCACAGCCGUAGAGAGUCUGUGCCAGACUAAACAGGAGUGUGAGUUUCUGAAUCGAAUCGCAACCUAUUCACCAGCAGCAACGAAAUACGGAAAACUCUUCUCUAUCGUGUUGCGAAGGACAUGGCAGCUUAUCGACGAAAGGUGUGAAACAUCACUUUUGCGACAUUUGUUGACUUGGCAACCAUUCCUUGGAUUCUUUAAGAUGUACGCUGGAGCAUCAGUUUUGAAAGAAAAGCUUGAUGAAGAUUGCCAAGAAAUGAUCGUUGUGGCUAUUUCAAAACUUGAAGAUGUGGAAAGGAAGUUAUUGGAUGGAACCAUCUCCGUGGAAGAGUUAGAAAUACUGAACAAGUUCAGCUGCCGGUUCCUUGAACUCAGCAAAAUAAUCACAGCGUACAACCAAGGUGGGGAAGAAAGUCAGGAGGCACAGCAACCAAACCCUUCCCGCGAGGGAAUCGUCAACAUUGUCCUCAGGCGCCGAUGGGGCGAACUCGAAGCAUUCAAGGAAGAACGACGGCACUUGCAGAAGUUCCUGGGCAUGUCUGAGAUUAUUGGUCCAGUCGACAGAACCUCGCUACAGGGGAACGUGGACGACAUUGUUGACACCCUACCCGUCAGUCAUCUCUGUGCUGCCGUUAUUUAUGAUGACAAACAAACUACAGCAAACAACGAGGAUCUGAAAGAAGAGCCAAAGGUCACAUUCUUUGACCUCGCGCCACACGUCAAAGCAAUACUGGGGCCAGUGGGACGACUUGAGAAAAGUGUCCUCUUCCACGCCAUUUGGAUGAAGCAGGCUGAAGAGGCUCGCGCCAGGAUACGGAAACAAAGAGCCGCAGCACCUGAUGAGUCACUGCACCUGCCUGAAGACACAGAGGAGCAUGGGAUUGUGCUCUCAAUAGAUCAGGUGGCCACGGACGUUUGCCAGCCAGCCCUUGAGGCGUGGGAGGCGCAGAGAGAACGCAUAGAAACAGGAGAAAUCACCUUAGAGGACGUCGAUAAGUAUUUCGGAGGCAUAAUGGGUAGCGAACAAGAUUUGCAGCAAGAAAUAGCGACGCUAUCCGACCAGCCUAAAGCCUGUUGGGUGCAGGAGAGAACGGACCAGAUCAGGCAGUAUCACCUGCUCGGACAGUACAUGGAGAAGGCUACUCGUGUCAAUGAUGUGAGGCAGACCUAUCAGCUGACAGGAGACUUCAGCGCCGUGGAAACCUUACUGGACUCUAGAAAUGCAUCCUUCAAAAUGCGCCCAUUGAGAUCUAUUGACGACACUGUCUUCCAAGCUGCUUCGGUUCUCGCUGAGUUGACAGAAGCCACUUCAGAUGCGCUCAAUGCCUUCGUUCUGUCCAAACCUUUGGUGGAGUGGAUGCGGGUACACACUAAAGACACAAAGGAGCUGAAGGUAUUUGCUGAUCUAGCCAGUAUAUCGGCAGGAGAGACAGACAUAGAGAUCGACAGGGUGAACAUGCUGCUCUCAGCAGGUAUAGGAUACGGGCCUCUGAUCUACGACCUCAAAGAAGACGCUGGCUUUACUGAAAUGAUGCAGUCUGCUCAAAAGCUGGAUACAUAUCUAACACAGGACCCAAGCCUGCCAAAGAAAUUGCGCGACAUGAAGAACCAUUUGUCGUGGCUUGCGCACGUCCAAGAGUCACAUGGAUCCGUAGAAAAGUCUUCCCUCUCACAAGCAGAGGCAAUUAAUGCCAGGGGCAUCUACGAGAUUGGUCACAUUACCCAACCAAGAGAUGUACACGAACCACUAGAUAGCGUCGUUACAUUGCGACUCAGCCAGGCCGAUGGUGACACUGACGAUCGGCACUACAGUGUCAGUAACUUAAAGACGCUGCAGAGCAAACUCAUGCUGAUUGCGGGGACAGCCGACAAAGGGAAAGAAGAGGUGGAAAAGUUCGUCGAGGUAUUCAAUGGCGUCAGCCGUCUUGGAAAUGUGUACCUCCGUCUGCGCAGAACUGGCUCAGUGCUCUUCGACAGGUGGACAUGCCUUCUAUUCUGCAAUCCCGAGAGGAAAGUCAAAGCUAUCAUCGACUUUGGCUUUGGGUCGUCAACUCUUUCCGGAACAGAGGAAGACCUUGUAACAGAGGUCACUAAUCUAGCAAAGUUCAUGGAGUCCUGCCUGCAAGGCUGGCUUGAGUUUGUAGACUUUAAAAGAGGUGUAUAUCCUGAACUCAACAACUUCACUACCGAGCAAAUCGUGGUUCUUCGGAGGCAGCUUGCAAACGCUCUGAAUGGCGAAGUGGCAUCGUCACAAGCAAUCUUGUUGCUGGACAGCGUCAAGACUCUCUGCACGGCGAAUGACGUCCAAGAAGCCUUCUCCAUGAUAGACCUGGAUGAUGAUGAGAUGGCUGAUGACACUGGCCGCGGAUCUCCCGAAGAUGAAGACCAAGACGCCGCACCUGGCAUGGCAGGGCCGAAUCGAGAGACACUCCUAAGAGAACUUCGCAAUUGUGUUCCAGACCUUUCAGACGACAUGGCUGAAGCUGCACUUAAAGUCUCCCAAAGGGGAAAUUUCAAUGACACCCUUGAUGAAGCCAUCGAUUGGUGCAUCAAAAACUACGGCAACGACGAAUUAGUUCAAGAGAUUCUUGAACAUAAGGAAGACACAACAAAUCUGAAAGAACAAGAGUCAGCUGAAGCAAAUCUAGAACAGGACGAAGAACGACAUGAUCACGGCAGAAACGUUCCAAGGUUUUCUCCUCUGACAAGCAUGCUUUCCCAGGGUGACCUAACCAGCAGUCUUGUCACGGCAGCCAAAGACAAAAAUGAGACUCUUGUGGAAAAAGUCACCGAGAUUUGGCACCAGUACUUGAAGUCAACCCAGUUUGAGAACAUGAAAGAGUAUUUGAGCUUGGAAACUCUUGGCCGUAUUCUACAGGCACUGCGCACUAAUGAGCACACUUCACAGAGGAGACCAUGGCCAGAGACAUAUUUGAAAGAGGGUGUCCCGAAUUUAAUCAUCUGUCCUGCAGGUGACAUGUUACGAACAGUGUUGUCCCUGUAUUUGCACGGAGGCGUCGACCUGCCAUUGCCGUCCUACCGUGAAGUACUCCUGUGUACACCGGAGACUACAGCAGAGGAGAUCGUGUUACUCUGGAAAAGAGCCACUACUGACGAAACAGGAAGAAUAUUCUGCUUGGUCAACAUCGAUCAGCUGGACCAUGACGUCAGCGUUAAAGCUGAGGAGGAACGGGCAAAGCUGAUGCAGCGUCACACAAGGUGUCACUUGGUUCUAACAUGUGCCAGUGAGAAGCAGCACCAGUCCUACAUAGCGACAGCCCUUGAACAGUACCGGGUACAGCAAGUCAUGUGCUGUCCACUUAGCGAUAUCCAAUCAUAUCUGUCAAUGCAACUUGUUGAGAACCGUUCCAUAAAUGACACCGAACCUGCAAGUGGACUUGACUACCAAAGGAGCUCCGUUCGUGUGGUGUCAUCAGACAGACCUGGUGUGGGGAAGUCCCUGUAUGUCCAACGUCUUGCCGAGAAGCUACGGGUUAAAAUGCGGUCGGCCAGACGACGUGCUUCAUGUUAUCUAAAGGUUCCGUUCCAUGAGGCGGUCAUCGAUGUAGAUGCCUUCCUAUCGGCUCUGAACGAACAAGAGCAAAAUCCCGAGAAUCCCACGCCUACAAUUAUUCACCUCGACAUGUCUCCACUGGUGCGCAAGGGUUUGGACUAUUUUCUUUUCAAUCUGACUGUGCUCGGCCGAGUGAUGGGGAAAGAUGGCAAAGUCUGGUUGCGACUUCCGUGGGAUCUGUACCUAAUCGAGAGGACAUUGGGCCCAUCAGAUGUCCAGAUCGUUGAAACAUCGAACAGCUGUUAUGUGCCGUUUGUGGGAUUUCUGCCCUCUGCUACUUGCCGGGCUCCGAAUGAAAUACUUGCCUUGGAAACAAACGUUGAGCAGAGAACAGCUGAAGAGUGUGGAGCCCAGGAUCCUAUCAUGGAUGCAACACUCUUCUCCACUGAGGAGUUCCAGAGACCUUAUCACUAUCUUCGGCACUGGGAGGCUGGGAAAGACUUAGACAACUUCACAUUCAUCCCCGGCUCCGUCAGUAACAACCAUGCCGAUUUUCUUAAGAUUGUUCUACGCCACUGCGGGAUCAAGGAUCCAUCCUGGGCAGAACUGCGCCACUUCCUGUCCUUCCUGAAUUACCAGCUAAGAGACUACGAGCAGUCCGUCUUCUGCCAAAAAGACCUCAGAGACAGCCUUCCUGGACUGAGAAAGUUUGUUGUCGACUUCAUGAUUAUCAUGUCCAAGGACUUCGCGACUCGUUCCCUUGAGAUGGCCGAUGAAAGCCCGUCGUUCAAGGUGAAUGAUGCAGAGGCAGGUGACACAGAGGAAACAGUGGAGGAGCCUAUUCAAUACCACCUGCGUCGACGAUGGGAAAACUGCCCACAUCCAUACCUGUUCUUCAACUCCGAUCACCAAACGAUGACGUUCCUCGGCUUUCAUGUGGAUGGAAAUGGGAACAUCAGGGACCCGACAAACAACAGGGUCCUGCAGCAAAACGUCAUGGGAAAACCACUCCGGCAAUGUUUGGAUCUGCAGGGUGUAGAUUUACAGGUCAACUUUGAUAAGAUGCAAAGGGCCGAGAAGAUCAGGAAGCUACGUAUGGUCAUGGGGCUGGAUAAAGGAGAAUACUUCGACCCUGACGAGAGUUACGAGCUGACUACAGACAACGUGAAGAAAAUCCUGGCAAUUCACAUGCGAUUCAGAUGUGACAUCCCUGUUAUCAUAAUGGGGGAGACAGGCUGUGGGAAAACACGCCUCGUGAGGUUCAUGUGUGACCUACAGGCAGGACCACCAGCAAACAAAGACCGACCCAAGAAUAUGAUUAUCAUGAAGAUUCAUGGAGGCGUGAGUGCAGAAGACAUCAUCCGUACAGUAACAAUGGCACAGGAGCUUGCAAUAGUUAACAGGCGCCAACACAACAUUGAAACUGUACUUUUCCUCGACGAGGCCAACACGAGUGAAGCUAUCGGGCUUAUCAAAGAGAUAAUGUGCGAUGGGACUGUGAAUGGCAAGCCUCUGCCGGUUGGAGAAGAAAGUUUGAAGAUAAUAGCAGCUGUCAAUCCCUAUAGGCGGCACACGAAAACUAUGAUCCGACGUCUUGAGCAAGCUGGACUUGGCUACCAUAUCAGGGCGGAGCAAACAGAAGACAAACUUGGCGUGAUCCCAAUGAGGCAGUUGGUGUACCGGGUACAGCCCCUUCCACCCAGUAUGCUGCCCCUAGUUUGGGACUUUGGCCAGCUUAACAACCAAACCGAACGGCUGUACAUUGAACAGAUGGUCAAGAGAUGCGUAACUGAAGACCGAAUCCCCCCAGAAGCAACAGAUGCUGUGACUGCGGUGUUGACAGCCUCUCAAGAAUUCAUGAGAAGGAAGAAGGAUGAGUGCAGCUUUGUGAGUCUACGUGACGUGGAGCGCACUCUCACAGUCAUGUCCUGGUUUUUGCAAAUGAUGCCUGUCCUAUCAGCCUUGAUGAAUGAGAAAAUAGCUGACCAGACCCGAACCGACACUAUUCAGGUAACCAAUGUAUGCCGAGCCCUGAUCCUGGCACUUGGUGUGUGUUAUCAAGCGCGCCUGGAAAAGCGAAACGACUACAGAAAGGCUGUCGCAAAGCAUUUCAUCGGGCAAAUCUUCAAUCUACCCAAGGGGGCAAAGACGAUUGAGAAAGAAACUGAAAUAUGUCAAGAUGUGUUCUUGGACCAACUGGACACCCUCCUGGCCCCAAACAUUGCCAGAAAUACUGCGCUAAAGGAGAAUGUCUUCAUGAUGGUGGUCUGUAUCGAGCUGCGGAUCCCGCUGUUCCUUGUAGGGAAACCUGGCAGCUCAAAGUCGUUAGCAAAAAGCGUGGUUAGCGACGCCAUGCAGGGCGACUCGGCCCCUUCGGAUUUCUUCAGGAGAAUGAAACAGGCCCACAUGGUGUCCUUCCAGUGUAGCCCACUCGCUACACCAGAAAGUAUCGUGAAGACCUUCCACCAGUGCAGCAUGUUUCAACAGGACAAAGACCUCGUCAAGUUCGUCUCCGUCGUUGUCUUGGAUGAAAUUGGGCUUGCAGAGGACUCGCCGAAGAUGCCACUGAAGACGCUGCACGCCUUACUAGAAGAAGGUUAUGUCGAGGAAAGUGGCGACGACGACCACACGAACCAUCAGGAGCAGAAAGUCGCCUUUGUUGGAAUCUCCAACUGGGCUCUCGACCCUGCUAAGAUGAACAGAGGAAUUUUCCUGUCCAGGGGAGUUCCAAACAAUGACGAUCUUAAGAAAAGUGCAAGGGGUAUAUGCGAACAUGACGAAAGAGUUUUGACGCAGCUACAGACCAUGCUGGGCAGCUUAGCCGGCGCCUACACAGAUCUGUAUCGGCCUCAGCUGAAGGAUAGGGAAUAUUUUGGUCUCCGUGACUUCUACAGUUUGAUCAAAAUGGUGAGCAACUUUUGUCGUACAUCCGGCCAUCCUCCUUCACGCGCCCAACUGGAACAUGCCAUCAAGAGAAACUUCAGUGGCAGAGACGACAUAGAUCCUCUCAAGAAGUUCCGCAAAGUUCUGGAAACAUGUGCUGACCAAACCGUGAGGACAACAGAUCCAGACUGCAGUCCACUUGGCCUCAUUGGAGCCAGUCUACAGAGUGUUCAUAGUGACAGUGAAGGGCGAUAUCUGCUGAUUCUGACCAAAAACUACGCUGCUCUUCCCAUUCUACAACAAGAAAUGCUCGAUCCCAGGAGCACAGUCAUUCUCUUCGGCAGCAGUUUUCCCCAGGACCAGGAAUACACCCAGAUUUGCCGCGACAUCAACCGCAUCAAAGUCUGCAUGGAAACAGGGCGAACCGUGGUCCUACUCAACCUGGAGAAUCUGUAUGAAAGCCUUUACGAUGCGCUGAAUCAGUACUACGUGGAAAUGGGUGGACAGAAAUAUGUGGAUUUGGGCCUUGGUACUCACAGGGUGAAGUGCCGUGUGCAUAAGGACUUCAGGUUGGUCGUCGUAGCAGAAAAGGACAUUGUGUAUGAAAAGUUCCCGAUCCCUCUAAUCAACCGCCUGGAAAAACACUUCCUUUCGGUGUCAACGAUUCUGACUCCUGCACAGAACGGCAUUGCUAAAAGGGUGAAUGACUGGGCUAAGGCGUUCGUCAAUGUGGAUGCUACCAGGAACACAACCAAGAACAAAAGUAACUACAAGCCUGCUGAUGCUUUCAUUGGGUACCAUGAAGAUCUUCCUGCCACCGUUGUCCUGCGGGUGUGUCAUGGCGUCGACAUCAAUGACAACAAGUGGGAGGAAACGGUGUUUGAAAGGGCGAAAGAGAGUCUUCUCCAGUGCGCAACUCCCGAUGCAGUGGUUCGCCGGCUUGAAAGCUCCCAUCUCACCUCUGACGCACGCGCUAUGGCGCACACGUACUUCCAUGGUCAGCACCACUCCAGCCUUGCGGACUUUCUACUUCAUAACAUACCGAGAGAUGGGAAGAGUGGGAUUUCAGCACAGGUUACAACGCACGGCCGUCUGCUGUCCAGACAAGACCUGCCACAGCUGGCAGACACGCUUGGUGUACGAAAAGCUCUGGUGCAGCUGCUGUCCUUACAACAAUUUGACACGGAGCAACAAUUCAGCAGACGUAUUGGGCAUUUUCUGGAGCAAACUCUGGCUGAGGGAGGUCUCUUGGUUGUUCAAUGUGACUCUGGUGACAUCAACUCCAACCUCAUCGCCUGCGCCUCCCAUACCGUCCAGGCCGAGCGGGCCCAGACCGGCAACCGUAGGUCCAGCGUGGUCUUUGUCAUUCAGCUCACCAGGAACACAGGAAAAGGGUUCUCUGGUCUCGGCGGUGGACAGUGGCUCUGCUAUCACAUUGAUGAUGUUCAUCCUCCAAACGACUACUCCCCAGACGUGGCCGCCAUGAUUGGAAAGUCCGUCAGUUGCCUUAUCGAACCCCGGAGCGCGACCCCACCGGACCAGGCUGAUGACGCGUUGGCUGAACUUUGUGAAUCAGUCAACUUCAUCCACAUCGAUGACGACAAGAGUCUUCAUGAGAGACUGAAGCCGGAUGGCCUGGCCUCCGCACAGGACCGGCAGAGACAACCGAUCACACAGGACCUCAUCGUAGACCUAAACGUAGACCCACAGGACGCGGUGGAGGCGGGUACAUCGGAGUUGGAUGACCAUCUUGACACUGUAACUCUCCUCCGCUCUUCUGUCCAAUCUGCAGCAGCACGUUUGACUGAUCCCUUCGUGAUGAAACACAGAACCAUCGACAGAAUCGACCUACUAUUAAAACUUCUUGCAACCAAAGGGAAGCAAAAUGGAGGUCGUCUGACGUUUGCUGAAGUACUGAGAGGCAGACUGACACUGCUGUUAAAGGAACAGGAAGAGUCUCAGGUACACAUGGGAUCCAACUGGCUUUCACAAGAGGCGGCGGCGUCCAAAGCUAUUCGUCAGGCAGGAACAUUAAGACGAUCGGCAUGGAUCUACCUGCUGUCAGUUGUAUCUCCCAUGCUGGCGGAGGUGAUUGCGUUCUUCGACAGGAACUCAAAUAUGGAUCUCCUCAAGACAAAAGAAGAAUCAUGGUUGCAUCAGCUAUGGCUUCAUAUUGCAGCCAACGACAAGGCAAUUGAUCUACAUUACACAGACUGUCUUUCUCCGAAGAAACGUGCAGUCCGUGAGACGGUACCUGUCCAAACCUCAGGGUACGAUGGUCAGCUAUUCCAGUGCCAGCUUCCGUUCUCCUGGCUAAUCAAGGAGUUGGUGGACAAACUGUGGCAAGAUGCUACAGUAAUGACAGCACGAACUUCGGAGCCAUUUCAGGAGGUAUUUAGAAAUGCAUUUGACGAGACUGAGAUUGGACGACAGCUUAGCAAAGCGACAAAAUCUUGCGACCCCGCCGAGGUCAUGGUAAGAUACAUCCAUGACUAUGUUCUGAUGACUCACAAGAUCACUACGGGCUCAGAAGUAGAGGUCAAGCUUAUCUGCAGAGCAGUUGAGCAUGCCGUGUCCAUGGUAAGGCAGAGACAGGAAGUCCCACUGGCACCCCACAUUACAGAUGUGCAUGUAGCAGUUGACGAUGGAGUCCGCGGCUGUCUGUCCCGCUUCUCCCAGCUGAUGGAAUUUGGUACAGAUCAGCUUCCUACUUUAGAGACCGCGUUGCGCAACCGUCCAAACAUGACGCUUGAUGUUACAGCAUUGCGCUUGGCACUCGAGAAACUAGCCCAGGAACUCUGGCAGUUGACAACCACCAUCGAGAAAGAACGUUGGGGGUCCAAGUUACAGUCAGUUGUUUUGCUGGCGGAGGAUCUUUUCGCAGCUUACAAAGUGAGCUCGUCUGAACAGAUUCAACAUUCCCUUCACGGAUGUAGAUGCUUCCUGGCACGCCUGCGCGUUGUGAAGCUGUACCUUGACCAUCUGUGCGGAGCGGACCAACCACUACCCAUGGAACGGAUUAAACAGCUUUGGAACUACUUGGAGGACGAACCAAACUUCAAGACUAAGCCGACUAUGAAGAAGUUGGAACUAUUUCUGGUCACACAGAGCAAGAAAGCAGCGUUCCAACAUUUUGCUGCCGGUACAACUGAGUGUUGCGUUUGUCGGAACGAGUUGAGCCAGCCAGUCAUCCUCCCGUGCAGACAUGUGUGUGACCAGGGCUGCCUGACGGACUGGUUAAACACUGGCAGAAGAAUGUGCCCACAUUGCAGACAGCCUGUGUCGGAAGACUUCCACCUUACAGUGUCUUUCGAAUCAAAGCAAGCACUACGGAAACACAAAGAUUUCAGACGUCGAAGCAACGCGUUUUUCAUGGAUGUUGUGUCGAUGUUCUGCUUUGCUGAUGACACACCGCCACAUCAGGAUGUCAUUGACAUGCUUCUCGGAUACAUCGUGAGAGAGGUGGCUGAAACCCGGGCCAGAACGAAGGGCUUCUCUCCGUUUGAGGAAGACGGUGUCGACCGAACGCCGAUUAUUCGGUCUUUCCUUCUGCAACUGCUGCUUCGCUACAAGAUUCGUGACGUGUGUGCACAUUUGGAGAAAUACUUUGAAGGCGCUCGAGGUUUCGCUGAAACCAUGGAAGAUGCUUUUGAAGUCUGCGUCAUUGUUGUGCAGUGCAUGGAGAACGCCUUGACCAGUAAAGUAGACCGUCAGCCUGAACGACAAGUUCAUCUCAUGGAACUGGCUGCCAGUGAACUGGAAGGGGCUGCAAAACGUUGCAAGGAGUUUCCAAACAUACCUCUAAUGCUACAGUUAAAUAUGAUAGCCUCCAUCCGAUUCGGCCUUUCUACUGCAUGUGACGUGAUGUACCGUCAGGUCAAUCAGAAAAUGGGCCCUGUCAAUGACCACAGCCGACGAUCUCUUCGGAAGUUGCUCGAGAGUGUUCAAACACUCUUCAGAGAGUUUAAAGCAGUGACAAGAUGGCCGAUGCUGUUUAUUCCGAAGUAUCUGUACAGACGACACGGCCUGGACACACUGAUGUCUAUAGGCCAGUCUCCAGAAUGGCAAUGGUUUUUGCCAGAUGAGAUGCGUGGCUAUCAGGAUGACGUCGUCCCGGACCGCUUUGUUGUCUGUGGAGAAACAUAUUGCCGUAUAAGAGAGGCAGCAGCAGAGACCAUCCUCACUCACGACAUCAAUCAUCUCUGCAAAGUGCUACAGGAUCCCGAUGUUCCACAACAAGACAAAGAAGUGCUGACUCUUCUCGCCAUUUUCACAGAGGUCACUUUGGCGAGGGUCUCAACAGAGCAGAAUGCAAAUGUCAUUUCUCAGAUCCAACAGAUGUUUGUCCAGUUUUCACACUCUACAGAUUUCAUCAGGAACAAGGAACUCGCUGAGAGAUUGAUUUUGAACAAUAACGGUGGGCAUUGCACAAGGCUAUCGUUCAGACCAAAUCAACGCCCACGAGAGCGAAGUAUGUCAGCACUGAUCAUGCACAUGGGCGCUGUUCUGGCUACAACUCCAUCGAAUCCUCUGUUGGAACCUCUGAAAGCCCUUGUUAUUGCUCCCCAUACGAUGGUGGCACACUACCUACCGACGAUGCCUGAUGACCCCUUACCAGAACUGAAGAAGGCCUUAGCAAACCAAGAAGUCGGCUGGUAUCAGUGCCCUAAUGAUCAUCAUUACAUCAUCGGAGACUGUACAAGACCUGCUGUUGUGGGGAAAUGUCAUUGCGGUGCAGGUAUUGGAGGUACCGGGCAUACACUCCUGACUGGAAAUCGUCCUGGAAGACAAGAUGAUGCUACUUCUACUGGGCACAUCAUGGGCGAUGCUCUAGACAGACCAGUCGACCCCAUCCCGGAGAGACAACUGUCUACAUUCUCAACCGUCAUUAUCCGCCUCGUCCUACACGCAGCCAUGCUUUGUGGUGCAAAUAAAAACUUACAGCCGUUUACCAACUUUGUUCGGCCGUUACCGACUGACAUCCCUGACUUCCUCUGGCGCCAUCUCAACCGUGACCUUGAUGACCUCGCAAGUGUCCUUGGCCGCAGCAUUGAUGACGCAACAUUGCUGGUGCACAUUUUGCUGACUAUGGUGUCUCAACACGGCAAUAAAAGUGGAAUGACUGGAGUCUGGAAUGUUGCUUGGACAUCAGUGCAGGGUCGCAAGAAUUGGGAGGGUGCCUUCAACAAUGUGUACAUCAAGCCACUUCUGCAGGAUCUGGACAACAAACUUCAGGAGGCAAAUCGACUUGUUGACGGGGACCGUCGCCUCACACCGUUUCACCGCGUUUUGCUUGACAGUACAACUCCUUCCGAUCAACUGUCACUGGAAAACGUCAUCGCGCUCCCAGAGAUAUGGCAAUAUCGACCCAGUGUGAGCUUGGAGCACAUGUCUCGCUGUUUUGUUGAACAUCAGGCCAAAUUCCCCAUGCUGAAGAUGUUCUUGCACAAUGCCAGCAUUCUGUCAGCCAUGUGUCACUUACCGGACAUCAUCUAUCUGAUCAGCCUCCUGAGGACGAGAUAUCACCGCAACAUCGACCUUACAGAAGCGCUUACAAUGAAGAUCGCAGAGUUUCUGAAUGGCAUGCCACAUGGACAACAGAGACAAAAGUGUGGUAAACUGGUGAAACUCUUCAGUAGUACCUGGACCACUACCCGGCCACUGCUGCUUCAGCAAGAUAACAUUCCUCGGCCUGAGAAUAUGGAUCCAUCCAUAGAUAUUCAAACCACAAGUCUGUACCACCUACUGCCAAUGAAGGAGGAUGCAACCGUCACGUCCAUUAUGACAGCUGUUGUUCUUUUCCUUAUAAGGAAGAACAACGAGUUCCUGGAUAUUUACCGGAGACACGCGGGUGUCCAGGAUGAUGGCAACUUAAGGUCGUGGACUGAUAUCAGUGCUAGCAACGUUGUGUGCUGUGACUCCACGCGAGAUCUCAUGCCCUUGGUUCUCAGCCACUGCAACUACUCCCUAGCCAUAGGGAAAGGGACUCAAGUUGGAUACGACUUUGCGGCACUGGAAAAACAACUUAUUGACCGCUUUUUGUGUGGAAAGUGCAAGAUUGAGGAGCAGUGUGAGACGUUCCAGUUCCGCCAGGAGGCCAGAGAUGUCGCCAUGUUCUCUGCAGUACGGAGGCAAAUUCCACAGGAGACAAUCAGCCUUCCACUACAACGGCAGAUAAUUUUGGAGUCCAAUUCGCUUGAGAAUGUGUGUGUCUCAUUGGCCGCUGUAGACAUCGCCAUUUUCUUCUUGGCAUCCGCUGGUGGAGAUGCAGAUAAACUGCUGGGUGAAUAUCUCCACAGGGUUCUGAAGAUGGGGAAAGCUUCCCGCCUCCACAGCGAUAAGGCGCGAAACCAUUGUCGACUGAAACAUGCUUUAUCGCUCUGGCAACUUUUGUCUGUCCAGCGAGCACGUUUGUUACUGGCACAUGGUCAGGACCCAUUCGACAAUGUCGCCGCAGCUUACACCACACAGUUAGAAGAGGAUCAGAUCAAGGCUCUGGAGAACACCCUGAAGAACAUGGACGUCGGUACACUAGUUGCGGAGAUGUACGAGUUUGUCGUCGUUUCUGAUGACAAGGACAAAAGGAAACCGGAAUGGAGUCUGCGUGACACACUUGUGAGCUACUUGGACGAGAAGGACUCCCCUGAGGUAAAUGGCUUCCUGCAGAACUUCCCAGAAACUAUCCUGUUGGAGCACGUCUGCGACACCUGGCGGAUCCUCGCAAACUACAACCAACAGGACGAUUCGACAAAUUAAAUUCCCGCAGACUAGCCAACACCAUAUAUGAUAUCCAUUGUAUGUUAUUUUAUACAUACGAGAUUCAAUAUUUCUAUACACGAGAUUCCGUGUAUUUUCUAGAAAAGAUGUUAGUGAAAAAAAUAAUUGUUUGAUUGAUUGACUAGUUGAUUGAGAAAAAUUUUGAUUUUGUGUUUGAUUCGUCGUCUAUUGCUGUGAAAACAUGUUAACAUGUAAUAUUGAGAUAAACUAGUUACAGCGAAGUAAUUUCUUUUUAUUACCUUACGUUGUGUUUCCGGACGACACAACCCAGUUCUGUUGGACCACCGUAAUUUCAAAUGAUUCCGAUAGUUUUAGUAAAUUGCAUGAAGCAACUAUGAGAUGGUUCUAUUUUGAUGUAUUUUUUGUCAUUGAUUAUUUGUCAAUUAAUCGUUUUACGACGUUACAUAUGUGUUUGUUUUUGUUGGAAUUUUAGUGUGGCUGCUCUAGGACACAAUUUGUUUGAAAGUAUAAUUUUGUUGUAGUUGGCAAAAUGCAUUAUUGAUUAUUCUUCGAUCGAUCGUUUGUUUAUUGCGGUACACCUACAUUUAUUACACUAUAGUUACUUUGAAGGAUAGAUUUUGUGGAAGUAACAGAUUAUUGUAGUCGG